UAGGGGGCGGUAAUGUGCACCCCGAGGGUUGUCGGACGCAAGAAGAAGAGAACAGAAGGAGGAGAAGAAGAAGAAUACAGCGCUAAACUCAUUGUUUGCAAAGUAGCGUGUGCUGUGUUGUUCCUGAACACGAUGGCCACUCAGAGAGUUCUCCCCCAGAGCAAAGAGACUCUGCUGCAGAACUACAACAAGAGGCUGAAGGAUGACAUCAGGUCCAUCCUGGACAACUUCACUGAAAUCAUUAAAACUGCGAAGAUAGAGGAUGAGACGCAGGUUGCUCGAGCAACUCAAGCCGAGCAGGACCACUAUGAAAUGCACGUCAGAGCAGCCAACAUUGUACGUGCCGGUGAGUCCCUCAUGAAGCUGGUGUCUGAUCUAAAGCAGUUCUUGAUCCUGAACGACUUUCCCUCUGUGAACGACGCCAUCAGCCUCCAGAACCAGCACCUCCGCUCGUUGCAGGAGGAGUGUGACAAGAAGCUCACCUCGCUCCGCGACGAGAUCGCCAUCGACCUGUAUGAGCUCGAGGAAGAAUAUUACUCCUCCAGGUACAAGUAGGCUUAUACUUGUCCCCAUCCCACCGCCCCUCUUCUGCCCCAUGCCCAGCACCAUGUACUGUCUCACCAUUCACCAUUCACUGUUGAGCCCAUGGAAGGUUUUACACCUGCCGGCCUCUAAACCUGACACCUUUUGUUUUGGAUUUAUCUUUUUGUCACAUCCAAACUGUAUCAUUCAUCAACAUGUCAUUGCUGAGGGUCAUUGUGAUGAAGCUCAACUCAACAAGUGACUCUACAUCGUUACUGAUAAACCAGUGCCUUAAUUUUUUUACCUGCUCGAUGACGUGUGUCAGAAUUAGUCCAAGUGACGAGGACUUCAGCAUUAAAGGGACAUACCGCUGAAAAUCAGGAGUGCACAUGUAUUAAGCUCUUGAACUACAGCAGUUCAGUACCUAGUUUGGCCAUUUAUUGCAGUUUGCUGAUGCAGUUUGAAAGUCAGAUUUUUCUGAAUAGAAAUCACUAGAGUUUAUUUAUAAAUGGUAAUGAAAUUUAUCGGUUUCCUUGUCUGCAGUAUCUGAGAGGUUUUAGAGAGGUUCUUACGAAUAUUAUCUGGUACAUGGGAGAGAGACAUGUUUUAGUGGAAUGUAAGUAUUCAGGAUCCCAAGUUCAUUUAUAAUGAAUUAUUGUAAGUUGAAGUAACAAAGCAUUUUAGGGAAUAACACCUUUUACAAGAAUUACACAUUAAAUUAACUAAAACUUUAUCAGAGUAUAGAUUUUAUCAAAGUAUGAUUCAUUUAAGACUAUAUGUAAAUAAAUAUAUAAGUGACCUCACAUAUGGUUCAUGUUAAGACUGGAGUGUUGACCGAUGUUUGUCAUGGUCUUAACAAUAAGACACAACUGUUUGCUGUUAUUUAUUUGAGGUCAGACCUAAAACUAAGAUUUUCUCAAGUAGAUGUUUUUUCUGUAAAAGCAAUCAGUAGGUAAUAUUUAUUUGAUUCCGUCCGAAUGAGCUGUAACCACGCAAGCAGCUGUCAGUCACACAUGGUGUGGUUGUACGUGUGAACCAGUUUCUGCCGGCUGUUCCACUAGACCCAAAACGAUAAAGAAAUAAAGUAGAGACAAAACACUAUAA